UUUUUACGGUAGGGUUGUUGGUACGGUCGGUACGGUCCAGCCAGCAGCUAUAUAGUCUGUACGCCGCCCGCAGCCCGCAGCAACGGCCGCAACGGCAAAAUAUAUAAUAUAAAGAAGGACAGAACAUCAAACAAUAACGAAACCUCUAUAUACAUGGUCCAUUUUCUGCAUGCAUUCGCCCAAGCUCAUAUGUAUAGUGGGUCUCGAAAAUUUAGUUUGUAGUCGAACCACAUCGUGUCUGCCUCUGUGAUGUCACUUUCGCAGUGAACCUAACCGCAAAUAUCGCGGUAUACGUUCAAAAAAUUCCAAAAACAUUCAUUGAAAAUAUGUAUAAGAAAACUGUUGAUUAUAAAAAAACUUUGAAAAAUUGCAAAAACAAAAUUACUACAUAAUAUAAAAUUGAGUUUCUGCCAUAGUUCGAGCUGUUAUAAGGCAAUGAGCACUAUAAGUAUCUACAUAAUUCGGGAAAAAUGUUUAUUUUCCUUGUAUACAUAUGAGAAGACAUCGACAGUAAUAAAUAUUGUAGAAUACGAAUUUUGUUAUCAUUUGCGACAUCUAGAAUAACUUGCUCGGGAUAUAAUAUCGAGGCGUUUUCCUCCAGAACGACACCUUUUCAUUAUUGCAUUAUAUGUUUUGUACAUCGAUAUCUCAGAAUCUCAAACAAGAAAACUUUUUUGUACACGAAACCUCAUCCAGGACUGUUAGACUGUCAUUUUAUAAUGAAAAAAAAAAAUGUGUGAAAAGAAUGCGUAUCUGUUAAAUUCUCCAUCAUAAUAUAACGACCAUCACAUAUACGGACAGUGACAAAAGUCAUGCGCGUGGGAUUGAGCCUGCUCUCACAAACGUAAAUAAAAUAAAAAAUAAAAACUGUCAAGCGAAUAUUCGAUACAUUUCGAUUUUAUGUAAUUUUUGUAAUUUUUUUUGACACACCUUCGAUACAAUCUGACAAUCGUAACAAACCAUUCGCAACAAAAAAUCAUAAAAAAGAUAUGGGAAGAGGAGGGGAAGUUAACAAACUAGCGUCCCAGUUGCCAGGAACCACAAGGUCGCCCCUUCCUGCUCUCCACCUCUGUGCUUCCUCGCGGCUCAUGGCGGUCCCUGCCAAAUUGGAUAAAGAAGUAGAAGAAUAUACAAUUAUUUUUUCUGACUUCGGGACCUUCGGGAAUUUAGAUUUUUCAAAUCAUUAUAGUGGUUAGGUAUUUUGUGCUGAAGUGAUCGAUCUUAGACGUUUCUGAAUGAUAGAUUUUUCGAGGAGUGACACAAUCAUAGAUUUCCCAGGUCCAGUGUUGUGUUUGCUUGGAUUAUGUUUUUUGUCCCUAGCAACGCUGUAUACGAAACUCAACCUGUAAGCUCAAGCACAUGGUCUCUUCUCUCCGCUUUGCCAAAUAACUCCAAGAUUCCUUGUUGAAGAUUGGAAUUCUAAACAACCGCAGUGUGGUUUAUUCGACAAUAAAGUACAACUUCAGCAUUCGUCUCCGGAAUGGCGGCUCCAAAGUUUGGGACCUUAGUACCGAAUCGUAUAUUUGUUGGUGGAAUAUCAGCGAGCACAAGCGAAGCUGAACUUACUCAACUCUUUUCGGCCUAUGGUAAUGUCAAAGCCACAAAAAUAAUUUCCGACAGAGCUGGGGUUUCAAAAGGUUAUGGAUUCGUUACUUUUGAAACUGAUGAGGAAGCACGAAGACUUCAACAAGAGUCCGAAUGUAUAAUCCUGAGAGAAAGAAAACUAAAUAUUGCACCAGCAAUAAAAAAACAACCGUUUAAUCGACUGUUUGACGGCGCUUCAGAUUUGCCAUCUACCGUACCCAACAAUGCCUACUAUUACACAAACGGAUUGGGACUGACGUAUCAGGGGGGAUUGACAUUCUACAAUACCGGAGCUGCGGCGCCCGGUACUCCUAUAGCUACACCGACUGAUUCAACUACGAUUUAUCAAACCGCCGGAAUUUUCGGUCCACAAGCUACUUCCGGUCAUCAACCUUUGUCACCGAUAAUGUAUUCGUGUCCCACACCAUCGCUCUACAUGCCACAACAGUUUCCGUAUCCUCCGGUAACGUACGAGCCAUAUUACGCAGCAGUUGCCGGAGGUGGUCCAUCACCAUAUUCGUUGUACCCAACACCCAACAACAGCACAAAUUCGCACGAUCAACAACAGUCCCAACAAGGGCAAAGCAAUGGCUGCGUCAGUGGAAAUAACGGUGGAAGUAAUACUGGAAUCGGUGGAGGGAGCGCGACGAGCACUUCCAGCCCGUUGAAUCUCGGUUCAUCACUCCCACCAUCGAAUCACUUUUAUACUCACAGUGCUCCGAUACCGCCGUCCCGUCAUCUUCACCAUCAUCAUCAUCCACCGAUGGCAUCCAACUCUUUGCCACCUCCACCACAGAUGGAUAAUAUAUAUUAUUCACUCGCGGCACCUGGCCCACCUCAAAUUCCACCACCGCAGUCACAACAUCAAACGAUCGGUGAUCAACAACUUCUUUUAUAUACGACCGAUCCUUCCAGCUGUCAGCACUUAGUUUCCGUCUCUGAUAAUCAGGCUCCCGGUCAAGAGGUCCAGAUUUACUCUUCGGGACUGCAAAUUCAGUCCCAAUACCAUCAGCAACAAAUGUUUCAUCAACAGCAGCAACUCGUGAGACAUCGACGACUUCCGGGAGUAGGGCAAGCGAUUACUCCCGGCAGGAAACUUCCCGGAUGCGGUACACAAACUGGACAAGCCUCCAGUGAGAAUUUGCGAAGACCCAAGGUCAAAGUAAAGGUCAUCGCGCAGGGAGGAGUCGUCUGUAAAAUGCAAGAUGAGCAUUGUCUGGGAGGUGGAGGUGACGCGGCUGGCUCGAACAUGGUAACUAUGUUGCCAAUCACUCCACCAGCUACUCCUAGAACUCGUAGUGUGAAAAUCGUCGAUAGUGUUAACAACUCUAUCAACGGCAAUACUAAACCGAUUAACGAUGCGUGCCAUCAGAUGCAGGCUUUGGUCUUAUAAAUCUAAUCUUACAUUACACACAACAAAUCCAGUGAAAUAUGUUAUAUAAAUAAUAUCGUGAAUUGAUUCACCGCAGAUUAAUACACAUCGAUGAAUUGUCCUUUAAUUCGAAUGAAAUGAAAUACGAAUCGAUCCAUCACAGAUACAUAAGAGUCAGCAACCGCGGUAAAAAAAUUAGCUUUCUCAUCGUACUAUGAAACUCUUUUGUUUCAAUUAUCACCACGAUUAUUUGUUUCGAAAUAAAAAAAAUAAAAUCCUUAUUUCUGUUCAUUCGUCAUUCUUUAAGUGACAACUAAUAAUCGUGUUUACUCGUAUUGUUUGUACGUUAUCGUUACAACUUGACGCUUUAAUAUGAAACAAAGAAAUAUCUUAUUUUUAAUAUUUAUAGUACACAGACUUGGUACUGAUAUAGAGCCGAAACGAAUAUGUGAAUAAUAUUGGAGCUUAAAAACGAAUUAUUUGAAAUUGAAUAAUUUCGGUGAAAUUUUCAUAACCUAUCAGAUCUGAAUCGGUCUUGUGUCGAUGGAACGUGUAUUUGAAAUCGUAAUCGCAUGCAAUUCACGCAAAGAUAAUAUCAGUAUAAACGUUCAAAAAAUCAACCUUAUUCGAACGGAGUAGAGAAAAAUUACAAUUAAUUACCAAUCUCCAAACAAUUGUAGCACACACACACUGAGUUGAUGAAAUUCGACCCAACGAUACAUACAAUUAUUGAUGGACCUAGAAAUCGUUUAAUUAGCAAUUACGAUUACGAGUAAAGAGAAAAUAAAAAACUGUCUUACUCGGAGCUGUCAUUAAGUCCAUACGCCAAAACCCAAGGAUACUUAAUUUCUAACCAUGCCAACGCAUGGUUUGUGCAAACUAGAUACCGCCGGAAAAAAUACAUAUGAGAUUCGAUGGCAUCGAUUCCGAUAUAGAAAAACUUAGAAAACCCGAGUGUGAUUGGGUGUGAAACAAGAGCGAACGACCUUUGAGGAUAAAUAAAAAAUAAAAAUACCGAGGAUAAGACAAAAAUUUAAUAUUAUAAAUAAUAUAACUUGGGUGAAACUUUUUGAGGAAAAAGAUGUUCGGAUCGACGUAUAAACCGAUAGUGAAUUAAGGUAUAUUGUGAACAGACACAAAAACAACAAGAAACGAAUAUCUCAUCGUAUAACAAAAACAAAAAAUUGUUAAUAAUAUAAACUAUAUCAACGAUAUUUAUGUGUAUUACAAGAAUUUUUGAAAGAAGAAAUGACUAAAGAAAGAAAUGCAGGAAGGCACUGUAGGAGAAAAUACGACGGAAGACAGUUUUUGAAACGAUAUAUUGAAUGAUUAUUGGAUUGCUCUAAUAUUGAAUAGUUCUAGGAAAAACCCUUGAGUAGAUUUUCAGCGUAUUGAAAAGGAAAGAAGAAAAAACUAUAAUAUAUUUAAAUUGAUGUUUAGAAUUAAGAUCCUUCUGAGAAAAGAAAACAGUUACGGGUUAAAAGUUGAGUUUAUUGUUAUGAUGACCUGCAUUUAAAGAAAUUCAUGACUGUACUCAAUUGACACUCGAAGUGACAGUAGAUAAGAGAGACUUAUAUGUGAUAUUGAUAAUAUGUGCGAUUAUUGUGAGAUUAUUUGAAACAUCUGAGUGAAUUUACAAUUGUCAUUAUUGUACGGAAGAUCAAGGCACUGCCACAACUGUUUUUUUUUUUUUUUUUAUCGUUAACUCCUCGUAUUGUUUCAUCUUGAUUGUCAAAUGAUAUCUCGUUUCGCCAUCAAUAAUGAUUCGAUCAGUUAUACGACACGGUAAUUGGGGUGCCCGAGCUUCAUUUAUUCCAAGUUUAUCUUCAAGUCACUACGCAAUUGCCUUAUUUCAAUGUUUCACGUUCUUUCAGUACGUGUGUCAAUAUCACGUGGCCACCUUUCAAUCGUUCGCAUCAAAACUGUCAUUUCCAAUAAUAAACGGGGUAAAAACGAGUCAGUCUCAAGUUAAAAUAUUGUUUUUUGUAUGUAUCGAUCCUUCUAUAAAUUCUCAAAGUCGUUGAUUCGUUUUAGAAGGUUUAGAAAAAUAGAUCUAAAAGUUUGAGUGAAGUUUGAAUAAAUGAAUACGGGGAAUGUUAGCAAUAAGGAGAAAUAAAAAUUAGAAUAUAUUUAAAAAUACACGCAUAUAAAUAUAUAUAUAUAUAUAUAUAUAUAUAUAUAUACACACAUACACCUACAUAUAUAUAAUCACGAAAGAGCAGACGCAUUAAUAUAAUAAUGAAUUAUAAAAAAAAAAGAGAAAAAAGUGUCGGCUGUGAGCUUCCAAGCAAAUAACAAUAACUAAUUCAUUAAUAAAUAUCAUGAGCACAAGAUUAAGCCUCGUGCUGCAUGGAACGAAAAAGACAAAAAUUAGAUAACGAGGGAAGAAUAUUAUAAUAAUUAAAAUAAACAAAUAUUGUGCAUGCAUAUACAUAUAAGAGGUUUAUAAGGAAAAAAAAAAAAUACGAGAUACCAACUACAAUAAUUGUAGAUGUAAAACUGUUGAUAUAAUUGAAAAAAAAAGAAAUUGUUGAAUCAUUCCUUACCUUUCUGUAUCGGAAAGAAAAACAAAAUGUAUCCAUUAUCGGCGGCGCACACAAUUUAUUUUCUUCAUUUUCUUUGAAUGAACAAAAUUAUAUGGAUGUGAAAGAAGUAGACGAAAAACGAGAAAAUAUUGUUUCAAAUAAAUAAUAAACAAAGUCGAAAAUUAGAUGAGAAUGCCGGAGAGUACGAGAAAAAGCAGGGAAAAGACAAAACACGUUCUCUCUAAAAAUAAUGAAAGAAACGUCACAUAGAUUGUUGCUAGUCACUUAGGGCGUUGUUGAUUCAUCGACUGGAAUAAGUAAUGUUGUUUUAUUUAUGAUGUGAGAUAUUAAAAAAGAUGAAGGAUAAAAAAAAGAAAAACAGAGAAACAGGAGUGGACGAUAUAAUAGCUGGAAUAAAUAGAUAAACGAGAGGAGGAAAGAGUUAUAUAUAUUAUAAGAGUGCCUUCUAUUUGUUUUCAUUGUUGAAUUUAUGAAAAUUUGUUGAGUUAUGGUUUCAAGAGCCUACAAAGGGUUACUGGAAACAAAAUUAGAAGGAAUGAAUAGGGUAAUGGGAGAAUGUUACGAUGACGAAGCGUUUAAAGUUUUAAUGGAAAAGAUUAAACGAACAAUGGCCCCCAAUGAUGACAAUGAGACCUACGAAAUAUUCUUUUAAGCGAUACGUACGUGUUCAAUAUUGGGUAUUGUUUUUAAUAUAUUUCUAGAGUUCCCAGGGAGAGGAACUCGAAAAAUCAUAUUAAAAAUAAAUUCUGAUUCAAAAUUCUGUGCCUAAGAGGUUAGAUGUUCUGCAAACAAAAACGAUUUCUCGUUUAAAAUAUGUUAUGGGGAAGAGAAUAUUAUUAUUUCAAUUAUAAUUAUUUCGAGCAACAAACGAAGAUGAAAUAAACUAACAACUCGUAUUUUUUCUUAAUCUCAAGUCCACUGUUGAGAUCAAACUCCGAAUGCCACGAAAAUCAUGCGUUUAAAAUAAUACUUUUACACGAGAGAAAAUGAUGAAGUCUCUUGAUAAUAAAAUUGUAAAAUAAUAUGUAGACGAUGGAAAUUCUCGAAUACCGGUUACUUAUACAUUGUUGAUGAAUAAAUUUAGAAUAGACGAAAGAGAAAUACGAAGCAAAAAAAGAGAGCUACCAUUGUUGUUUACCGAAUGUACGGUUAGCCUCGUCGGUAAUUUUCGAGCCACCAAUUUCCCUUUACUGAAUAUAUAUACAUACAUAUAUAUAUAUAUAUAUAUAUAUAUAUAUAUCUAUUAACUCAUAUUCAAAGAUAUUUAUAACUGUCGAAUAUAUUUAAAAAAACCAAGAAAUGUGUACGAAACAAAAAAAGUGACAACCGAAAAGUGAAUAGACAAAAUAUCUAAUAAAUUGCGGUGUAACUGCUCAUAUCGCAUUGCGAAAACAUAGCUGAAUCGAAAGAUCUUCACAAUAAUAAAGAAUGCGAAGCAUGCUUGAUAAGAUUGUUGAAAAAGAAUAAAAAAAAAAGCGAAAAAACAAAUGAAAACCGUUUUCACGUAUAAUUAUUUGUGAAAAAGCAGCUGUACGAAAAUGUAUGAUCUGAUUUGUUCCUCCGUCAAAUAAAUUCCACUAUAAAUAUGGA